UGUGUCGUGUGUUUGGUCGUUCACAUGUUAAAAUCCUUUCAAAAUUCGAAAGAAAAAUCUCAAAAAUCUUCAAAGAAAAAAUGGAAAAAUUUCAUUUCUAUAAAUUGAAUAAAAUUCAUCGUGAUGAUAUACGAUCGUUGAUAACAUAUCAAAAUCCAAGUGAUGGUUGUCAAAAAUUAAUGACAAUUUCACGUGAUUCCGAAGCGAAAAUCUAUUCACUUGAUUCAGACGGUUUCAUUGAUUUCGAUGUCGACUAUACAUUCUAUUUACCGACACAAAUUUCAACCGUAUGUGUUAUUGAUCGUUCCGAUCUACCGACAGUUUUAUUUAUAUUCGGUUGUCUGAAUGGACAUCAAUAUGUAUUUCAUGGUUUCGAACAGAAUGCAUCACAAUGUAUUACGUUGCAUCAAAACAAUGUCUGCAUAAUACGCGCGGAUUCAACACAAACACGUAUAGCCAGCGGUUCAUGGGAUCAUACGGCCAUCGUAUUCAAGCUAGAUCAGCAAAAUAAACUGAUAAAAUUAAUGAAAAUUAAUGGUCAUCAAGAAUCGGUAAUGGAUUUACAAUUUAUUCGAUCGGAUUUAUUACUUACCGCUUCAUCGGAUCGUACGAUUGUUUUGUGGAAUUUAAACAAUGUUUUAGACGCUGUGGUACAACAACAACAACUGUUUCAAGGACAUGAAGAUUGUGUUCGUGGUUUAAUGCUUAGUAAACAUGAAGAUGGUUUUUAUUCAAUUUCAAAUGAUCAAACUAUUCGUUAUUGGAAUCUUACCAGUGGUCAAUGUGAACGUAUUUAUAUUGGACAUGAACAUUUUAUAUUCAAUAUUAAUCGUUUAACAAAAGAAUAUUUUUUAACUUGUGGUGAAAAUAAUUCGGUUAUAAUUUGGAAUGAAAAACAAUUGACACCAUGGCAAUCGUUGAAAAUACCAGCAGUUACAGUAUGGUCAGUAAUAGCAUCAUCAUCAAAUGUUUUCUAUACUGCUGGUAGUGAUGGAAUUAUUUAUUUGUUUACUAAUCAAAAAGAUCAUCAAUCAGAUGAACAAAAUCAAACAAUUUUUGAUGAAAUGUUAGUAAAACAAACAAAAAUCCCGUUUACAUCGGUACAGCAUUUAAAAUUAUAUGAAGAAAAUUCAUUGAUUUCAAUACCACCAAAAAAAGAUAAUGAACGACGAUUAAUACGUUCAAUGUUAGAUAAUACUAUAUUGGUUUAUGAAUGGAAUCAAUCAUGGAAACCAAUUGGUCAUGUACCUGAUUAUAAUCAACAAGAAUUUGAUUAUUCAACUGGUCGUAUACCAUAUAAUGAUGAAUUCUUUGAUGAAGUUUUCAAUGUAAAAUUGAAUGAAAAAAAUUAUAAAUUACCAUUUAAUCGUGAUCAAGAUCCAUGGAUUGUUUCGCAAACAUUUAUCGAACAAAAUCAUUUAGAUUAUGGUACAUUAACAUCAUUAGUACAAUGUAUUGUUAAUUAUGCAAGUUAUAAACCGAAAAAAUUAGCUGAUAAUACCGGUGGUUUAUAUCCAAUUUAUGAAUUUAAAUUAUGGCCAUCAUUAAAAAAUAUUGAUGCAUUUCGAAAAAAAUUUGAAGAAUUUAAUGCAAAUAUUUCGGAUGAAAAUUUACGUUUAUCCAGAGAAUAUCUUCAAUUAACAAGUACACAAAUACAAAAUCCUGAAACAAUUUGUGAUGAAUUAUGUUUAGCAUUUCGUAAAUUAAUUCGAUGGCCAAAAAAUAUUCGUUUUAUCGUUUAUGAUUUGUUACGAAUAUUAUUGACAAACAAAUAUUUUAAUACAUAUUUUCUUCAUGAAAUGGAAUCGAAUGAAUUUAAACCGGAAUCAGAAUUUUUUCAUUCAAUAAUACGUUGUGGUUUGGAUAAUGAUGGUGGUUCGAAUCUAUCCACACAACUGACAUCAUUACGUGUUUUGGCCAAUCUAUUUGGUUCGGUACAUGGUGCUGAAUUUGCAUAUAAAAAUUUCAACUAUAUUCAAACAAAUCUAAUUAAAUGGUCGGAUUUAAUAAUGAAUAUUAAUGUACAUACAGCAUAUGCAUCAAUAUGGUUUAAUUUUAGCGUUCUGUUGGCUGAUCAGAAAAAGCGACAAAAUUUUCAUUUGAAAAAUAUGAUUAUGGAACAAAUACAAAAACAUAAUGAAUUAAUAGUGGAAACGGAACAAUAUAAAUCAAUUGAAAAUGAUUAUCAUUUAGUAAUCGUAAUAAUGAUGAAUACAUUUGGAAAUUUAAUACAAUCAAAAUUUAAUUCACAAAUUGCUGAUCAACAUUUACAUUGUUUACAACAAAAAUAUUUAAAACGUUUUCAAAAAGAUAAUUCCGAAAUUCGUUAUUGUUUAAGACAAAUUGAAAUGAUUUUUGAUCAAUAUUCGAAUUAGGAUUCGAAUGAUUUACGGGGAAGCGCCAAAAAAAAAUCUAUAUCCACCAUCGGUUGGUCACCCAAGUCGAAAUAUUUUCUCUGUGUCU